CUGGGCUUUUCCUGGAGAGGGCAGGGCGGGCGCGUUAGUAGCAGCCCGGUCCGUUGGGGCUGGCAGAGAGCCCCUAGGCUGCGCCGCUAGGUUGGCUUGUCGCGCAACCUCAUUUCUUCUUAUAUCGAUAUAUAUUGUUUUCCGUAUUUUUUGGGAGUGUGCCUGCGCAUCUGCCCAGCGCCGCGGAGCUGGCGGGCUGCGGUCUCCCGCUGCCCUGAGCGUGCUGCUUUGCUGGGAGACGCGGGGAGACGGGCGGCUGGUUGGAGCCGCCGCUGCCGCCACCACCGGGACUCGGGCCGUUGUGUGCAGAAAUGGGUUUCGUGGCUGCCCGUGCGUGGGAGGAUAGUGCCCGCUCGGCUCUGAAUCCCCGGGCGCUCCUCGGCGGGGCGGGGAGGUCUGUGUAGGAGAGAGCCUCCAGUAGCGCUGGAUUUUAUUUUUUCCCCUGUUUGUAAAUUUUCAGAGGCAGGUUGAGGUUUGGGUGUGUUUAUUUAAUUUUUUUCCUUGUUGCCUACAUCAGGUUUUUUCCCUUUUUUUUCAAAUUUGUUUUUUUUCCGUGAGGUGGGACACAGUGGUGUCUAAUUUUUCUUUAGCCUAGUAGUGAAAUUGCAGCAGUUUCUGCCUCCUUCAGUGUGCUCGAGCGAGGAAAAUGGAGGCUGUGAUAGAGAAGGAAUGUAGCGCGCUCGGAGGGCUCUUCCAGACCAUCAUAAGCGACAUGAAGGGAAGUUACCCAGUGUGGGAAGAUUUUAUAAAUAAAGCUGGGAAGCUGCAGUCUCAGCUCAGGACUACAGUAGUAGCAGCUGCUGCCUUUUUGGAUGCCUUUCAGAAAGUGGCUGACAUGGCUACUAAUACACGUGGUGGUACCAGAGAGAUUGGUUCUGCUCUUACCAGGAUGUGCAUGAGGCACCGAAGUAUAGAGUCCAAACUUCGGCAGUUCUCAAGUGCUUUAAUUGACUGUCUGAUAAACCCACUUCAAGAACAGAUGGAAGAGUGGAAGAAAGUGGCCAAUCAACUGGAUAAAGACCAUGCAAAAGAAUACAAAAAAGCUCGCCAGGAGAUAAAAAAGAAAUCGUCUGACACACUGAAGCUGCAGAAGAAAGCAAAGAAAGGAAGGGGUGACAUUCAGCCCCAGCUGGAUAGUGCUUUACAAGACGUCAAUGACAAGUACCUGCUGCUUGAAGAAACGGAGAAGCAAGCUGUCCGAAAAGCGCUGAUCGAGGAGCGUGGCAGAUUCUGUACUUUCAUCUCCAUGCUGCGGCCUGUGAUAGAAGAAGAAAUAUCAAUGCUGGGAGAAAUAACCCAUUUACAAACCAUAUCAGAUGACCUGAAAAGUCUCACCAUGGAUCCACACAAAUUGCCAUCUUCAAGUGAACAGGUAAUUUUAGAUCUGAAAGGUUCUGAUUACAGCUGGUCUUACCAGACUCCUCCAUCUUCUCCCAGUACUACCAUGUCCAGAAAAUCUAGUGUUUGCAGCAGUCUGAACAGCGUUAACAGUAGUGAUUCCCGGUCCAGUGGCUCGCACUCGCACUCACCUAGUUCACACUAUCGCUAUCGCAGCUCCAAUCUGCCUCAGCAGGCACCCAUGAGGCUGUCCAGUGUGUCCUCCCAUGAUUCUGGAUUCAUGUCCCAGGAUGCUUUCCAGUCCAAAUCGCCAUCCCCCAUGCCACCAGAAGCACCUAACCAGAAUUCGUCCAGCUCUGCCUCUUCAGAAGCCUCUGAAACCUGCCAGUCAGUGAGCGAGUGCAGUUCCCCCACCUCAGUCAGCUCAGGCUCCACCAUGGGGGCUUGGGCCUCCACAGAUAAGUUGUCUAAUGGGUUUUAUCACUGUAGUUUAUCAAGUGACCCAUCCGUAGCUUCAGUUGGUGCAGGUCCUUUCCCUCAUUUCCCGCCUGUCUCCCGCGCGUGGACUCGGGCUCCCUCAGCCCUCCUUCCAGACUACGUUCAUUAUUACACCAUUGGGCCAGGCAUGUUGCCAUCAUCUAAGAUCCCUAGCUGGAAGGACUGGGCCAAACCAGGCCCAUACGAUCAGCCAGUGGUGAACACAUUGCAACGUCGCAAAGAAAAGCGUGAGCCAGAUGUCAAUGGAGGAGCGCAGAGUGGGCCAGCUGCGGCCCCCGAGGAGGCCCAGAGACCUCGGAGCAUGACCGUGUCGGCUGCCACAAGGCAGGGAGAGGAGAUGGAGGCCUGCGAGGAGCUGACACUUGCUCUGGCAAGAGGGCUGCAGCUGGACACUCAGAGGAGCAGUCGAGAUUCCUUGCAGUGCUCCAGUGGCUACAGCACCCAGACAACAACUCCAUGCUGUUCAGAAGACACAAUCCCAUCUCAAGUUUCAGAUUAUGAUUAUUUCUCUGUGAGUGGUGACCAGGAGGCAGAACAACAAGAGUUUGACAAAUCUUCCACCAUCCCAAGAAACAGUGACAUUAGCCAGUCCUAUCGCAGAAUGUUUCAAACCAAGCGUCCUGCUUCUACCGCAGGUCUGCCAACCACACUUGGACCGGUCAUAGUCACUCCCGGCGUCGCUACCAUCAGAAGGACCCCUUCCACCAAGCCUUCGGUCCGACGCGGCACCAUCGGGGGAGGCCCAAUUCCAAUCAAGACACCAGUGAUCCCUGUCAAAACACCAACUGUCCCUGAUAUCCCGGGGGGGCUGCCCGGUGCCCUUGCUGGGACAGAAGAAUGUCCCGAGCAAAAUCCUGAGUCUCCAGCAGCAGGAGACGGUGGGCAAGGUGUCGCCAGCAUGCCCUCAUCCUCAUGGAGCGGACAAGCGUCUGUCAACCCUCCACCUUCAAACCAGAAACUGGGUGCUGCUGACGAGCAAAGGCAAGCGGUUCCAGAGAGCGAGGGGGAGGAGAGCGACCGAGAUGGUGUCAGCGCCCUCACACCGACAGGCCAGCCAGAGCUCGAUCCCGGAGAGCUGAGCCCUGGGGAUGCCCCGCAAGGUGAGGAUAUGCUGAACGCCAUUCGGCGUGGUGUCAAACUGAAGAAGACAACUACAAACGAUCGCUCAGCACCUCGUAUUUCCUAGGAGUGGAGGAGCUGCCAGAGUACUUUGCUGCCGAGAGAGAACUUUGAGCAAACUAAUUUGUCUCUAUCCAUUCCAAUCUGUAGUCAAUGAAUUUUUUAAGCUACUCGGUAACAGACAGUCUGCAAGUACUCUAGAAGAGAAAACAAGGUGAAAGAGCAUAGUAAGACAUAAUCUUCACUGCUGUUUUAAUUUGUAAAUAUCCAAUGAUUUUGUUUCUGCAUUUUUUUUGAUCUAAGUUACACUUUUAAUUUUUUCUGAAGGUGCCAAAUCCCAUUUACCUUUUUUAUAACUCUCUUUGUAAAGUUUUAAAUCAUAGAACAAGAAAAAAGUCAAGUAGUUAACUUCAGCAAAGGGAUUUAAUGCAAAUGUGGCUUUUUUGCAAGCUUUUGUAGAGCGCCUUGUAAUAAUAGUGAGGUUCAACAACAAAACAAAAUAAUGGGAAUUACUUUAAAGUUUAAGUCAUGCUGUAAGGAAACAGGUCCUUGUUAAAGUAUGAAAAGGUUGAAAAGCAGGAAUAGAAACUGACAAUAAAAGCAAUAUAUAAAUGCAAAGAAGAAACCUGCAGUUGGUAGAGUAUUUGGGGGGUUAGUGGGGGAAGGGAGAUGCCAUCAAACUAGCAAAUGCUGUUGCACAAAAGUAGCCUAUUAGGAUUAAUUACUAGUAGCUUCAUGGUAAAUGCAUCAGAAUAAGCCAUACUGGAUUGCAGUGUUUUGUUUCUGUAGGGCGUUUUAAAGACUGGGGGUUUUCCACGUUUCCUUUUUUGACUGCACAGCAACAACUCUCAGUCACAUGCAUGCAGCCUUAACUGUGUAGGCUUGGUUCUUCCACCUUCACUUUCUGUUCCACUCACCCUUUCACUGAAUACAAACAAGGACAGGCUCAAGGCAGUUACCAAUGUGAACACGUUUUUAAAACGCAAGCAGGGAGUUCUUAGAUAUUAUCAAAAUGCCUUUUUUUCUGACUGUGCCCAGCAGGCUGGGCACCUUGGAAAACCCAAAUAUUUUGAGAAAACACUGAGCAAUUUGACAGGUGUAACCAGCUUGUGAGCUAACAAACUGCGAAUGUUUCUUUCCAAUACAGGGGCUUGUUUUUCUUAAACUUCUUUUAAACGGCAGUCGAUUGGCUUUUCUUAAAUACUGAAAAGAAAGGGGCUAAGGGUGGGGGGUGGGGAGAGAGAACUCUUUUUUGAUAAUACCAGGAGUCUGACCACUAUAUUCUCUUUUUUUGUACUUCAUGUUUUUUGGAACGCUAUUGGUAGAAUUGUUAGGAGUUGGAUUUUUUUCCUUAAAGUAAGUUCUUGCUGCAGUACCCUUCUCCUAAAGCUGACAGAAAUGUGCAGCCCCUGGGGCACGAUGCAUGUGCCAGCCAGCCCUGAAGGAUGCCGUCUGCCCACCCACGGUGAACCCACGUGGGGAUGGACACUAGGCUUACACGCACCAAAUAAGUUAAUACCUGUAUGAGGCUGGUUUCCACCACACGCUCUGCAGAUUUCUGUUGACUCUAGGCUUGCCUACAUAACCUCUUAUGCUUUAAUACAUAACUGCAUUGGAUGUGAAACUUCUAGUAACUGUGUAGUCAUUGUGUUCUAUAUAACAUUUUACAUUGCUGUGGUUGCUGACCUUUUUUUUUGUUGUUAUGGCUUAAGAGCAAAAAGACAAAAAAAAAAAGGCAUGAUUCUUAGAAAAUAUCAAACCUUCCUUUCUUUGAAAAACAAGCUCCUUAUUACAAAAUAUAAUAAACAGUAGUGCCUGUGGUGUAGCCCACCAAUCUUGAUACAGUAGCUGAUGCAUUGUGCAAAUGAGGCUUUGAGAUGGUUUUUGCAUAAACAAAAACUGCUAGGAGAUAAUCUCAGUAGUUAAAAAGUGUUAUUUAAACCUUUGGAAUAAAUGGAUGUAACUGUACCCGAGUACAGCUUUUCACUUGUUUAGUUCUUAAACGUUAGUAUAAUCAGUAAAAUUUAAUAUAAAAUGUUGCCAAAUUCAAUGUAGAAAGAAUGUGACAAAACACUUUGGAUAGUUUUAUUGUUUGUGUUUUUGCAUAUUGUAAAAGCAGUGUCACGGCUGAAAAAAUAAAAUGUUUCUAAUGGUAAAUUAUUGUGGUUUAGUUGCUAGUUUGUACUGAGAGUUGACCUCUCCCUGUGCAGUUUUUUGUUCUAAACUGGUAUAAAUAAUUGCUGUAAGUGUGUCUCCCUUCUACAUUGUAAUGGUUGCUUAAGCCUACAUUAUAAAUAAAGAACUGCUGGAAAA